AUGACCCUCCGGCGGCGCGGGGAGAAGGCGACCAUCAGCAUCCAGGAGCAUAUGGCCAUCGACGUGUGCCCCGGCCCCAUCCGGCCCAUCAAGCAGAUCUCCGACUACUUCCCCCGCUUCCCGCGGGGCCUGCCCCCGGACGCCGGGCCCCGCGCCGCCGCCCCGGCCGCCCCCGCGCGCCCCGCCGCGGCCAGCGCGGGCCGCCGCAGCCCCUCCGACGGCGCCCGCGACGACGAGGAGGAUGUGGAUCAGCUCUUCGGAGCCUACGGCGCCAGCCCGGGCCCCGGCCCCGGCCCCAGCCCGGCGCGGCCGCCCGCCAAGCCGCCGGAGGACGAGCCGGACGCCGACGGCUACGAGUCCGACGACUGCACUGCCCUGGGCACACUGGACUUCAGCCUGCUCUACGACCAGGAGAACAAUGCCCUCCACUGCACCAUCAGCAAGGCCAAGGGCCUGAAGCCGAUGGACCACAAUGGGCUGGCGGACCCCUACGUCAAGCUCCACCUGCUGCCAGGAGCCAGUAAGGCAAAUAAACUCAGAACAAAAACUCUCCGAAACACUUUGAACCCCACGUGGAACGAGACCCUCACUUACUACGGGAUCACAGAUGAAGACAUGAUCCGAAAGACCCUGCGGAUCUCCGUGUGCGAUGAGGACAAAUUCCGCCACAACGAGUUCAUCGGGGAGACGCGCGUGCCCCUGAAGAAGCUGAAACCCAACCACACCAAGACCUUCAGCAUCUGCCUGGAGAAGCAGCUGCCGGUGGACAAGACGGAAGACAAGUCCUUGGAGGAACGGGGCCGCAUCCUCAUCUCCCUCAAGUACAGCUCACAGAAGCAGGGCCUGCUGGUUGGCAUCGUGAGGUGCGCUCACUUGGCUGCCAUGGACGCCAAUGGCUACUCAGACCCAUACGUGAAAACAUACCUGAAGCCAGAUGUGGACAAGAAAUCCAAACAUAAGACGGCGGUAAAGAAAAAGACCCUGAACCCAGAGUUCAAUGAGGAGUUCUGUUACGAGAUUAAGCAUGGGGACCUAGCCAAGAAGACUCUGGAGGUCACCGUUUGGGAUUAUGACAUUGGAAAAUCCAACGAUUUCAUUGGUGGUGUGGUUCUGGGCAUCAAUGCCAAGGGCGAGCGUCUGAAGCACUGGUUUGACUGCCUGAAGAACAAGGACAAGCGGAUUGAGCGCUGGCACACUCUCACCAACGAACUCCCUGGGGCCGUGCUCAGCGACUGACAGGCCCCCUCCACCACCACAACCGGCCCGGUGUGGGCCUGGCCCUGGGCUUCCUCAACUGCCACCAAUGGCCUCAGCUCCCACGUUGGGGAGGAUCCAGGACAUCUACUUGGACAUAGAGCCACUGCAGCCCUUGUUUGGUGGCCAUGGAGGGCCCAGCCACAAAGUGACACUGAACUGCGUGGACAGGAUUGUGGCCUCACCACCUACCUGGAGGAAGGGCCUAAGGCCAUCCAGGGGGGCAAGAACCCUACUAGGUGUUGGCAGUCACAGGGGACCUCAGGCUGAAAGGAGUGCAGGGGUGCCAAGGCAGUAAGAAUAUGACUGGUAGGGGGAGAUUAAGGGCAACAGAAGGACAGGACUCUGAAGAACAUUUAUUCCCAAAAGGAAACCCUGAUUUACCCCUUCAUCUUUGGUAUUAAUGGGCAGGUAGGGAAAAGGUGACGUUAGAGGCAGGACCGAUUCCACAGUCCCCUGGGACGGAAAGAUACCCAGGGCCUGCUGUCAGGGAGAUCCCCAUUUAGCUAGAAAUAAAAUAUCGCAAUUUGGGGGGGGGGGGGAGGAAUGCCAUGGCCAGCCUGGCCUACCUAUAGGUGCUGUGGAUUCUGCUGACUGCUAGGAGGGCAGGGAAGGCUUCCUGGAGGAGAUAAUGUUUCCGCAGGACCUUGAAGGGUGAGUGAAGUUUCUAUGCAAACAAGGGGAAAACAGUGUAGGGAAUCAGUUACAGGACCUAAAGGGGGAAAAGGUGAUCAUGUCAGGGACCCUUUGAGACCCAGGGUCCAAAGGGGUAGGUACAAGAAGCUCAGAAGCCAGAUUUGUUACAACAGGAGGGGGGCCCAGUGGCACUGGCACCCGGCCUUGCCUAGACCCCACCCCUGGCUGUCAGAGCAGCUGAGCUUAUGGUGGGGCCAUAGGGUAUGUGAAGUGUGAUGGAGAAACUAAUGUUGGUACCGAGUCAAGUUUGGUCCUGGUCCUAGCUGCCCCACCUUUGAGCUCUCGUCCCGAAGAGGCUGGAGAAUGGAUUCUGCCUCCUUCCCAGCGAAAGCAUCAGGUCAGCUGUAAUAGAGAAAAGGGUCCCUUAUACAUGGAAGCAAACAGUUCUCCUUGUCCUUCCUGACCUCUCUCCCGCCCUCCCCCUGCCUGGGCCCAUCUGAGUUCAGGGCUAGGUAUUAGGGGGACUCAGGUGGUUGCCCAUGGUUACUGGACCACCGAUGGCUUUUCAGGAGUACUUGGCAGCAGUCCGGGACCUUACUUCUGGGGAGGUAUGUGAGCCUAGCUGAACCUCAGGUCAGUCUCUGGGAAAGGGUUAAGGACUUCAGAAUCCUCGGACCAAGCAUAAAGCCCCACACUUCAACUGCCGACCAAGCGGCCUUCGGGAAGGCUGAGUGAACACAUGCAGAACCUAGGAAUUUCUGUGUUGACCCCAACACUUCACUGAUGGAAAACAGAGCUCCAGAGAGGUAAAGUGACCUGCCCAAGGCCUUCCAGCCCUACUACAGUUGAGACAGACAAAGCUCCAUGGCCCCUGCCCACCCCCAGCCCAGAGCUCUAGACACCUCACUUCCAGGGAAGUAGGGUGCUAAGCUCAUACAUCAGACAUGUGAGGUCCUGUUAGCUGUUUGGGGGUCACCCCUGUGUGGUUCCUACCCAAGCCAAUGCUAGUAAUAGUAGAUGCACGGGGGAAAAGUUGGACCUUCUGCUGCAAACACAAAGCACAGCACCAUCUGAGGCCUGGGGUGAUGACGCAAAUCCCACCAAGUGCCCAUCAGCCCUUUCCCAGUUUGCAGGAAAAACAAGACUCUAGCCCCCCACAAUACCUGGUGACUUUCAGUGGUCAUGGAGCCUUGGUUUUUCUCUUUAAGCCUUUGCAAUUACAUGUGGUGGCAAUGAAUCUUCACAACACUGUGAAGUGCGUUUGUCAUCCCUAUUUACAGAUGAAGAAACUAAGAUUGAAGCUGGAAGAGGUAAACCAAGACUCAAGCCCAUGUCCUCUUAACUGCCACAUCCACUGGUUGUCUAGGGGCUGAAACUUGCCCUCCCCCUCCCUCCAGCUAGGGGCUGAGCAGAGAUACUCACGAGAGCUUGGUAAGCUUUGGUGCAUGAUGGAAGUGGGGUGGGUCUCUUCACUAUCCUGCUGCCUCAUCCUCUAGAUGGCUUUGAAAUCAUUCAUGCCACUUAGGACUCACCCAGAGGUGCGUGUGGCUCAGGCCUUGCCUUGAUGGAGCUGGAAUGGGAGAGCUUGUACAGACUUCAAGUGAAAAGAGGGAAUAUUUUUGCAGGACCUUGUGUCUGGGUGAGCUCUUGGUAUCUUAGAUUUGCCUUUUAGAGGCCAUCUUUUGGAGAGGAGCCUCCAUUCUAUGAAGACAUGGACAUAUUCCUGUGGCAAAGCUAGAAAGGGAUGUGUGCCUCCCCCUGUACAACUUCCUUAUUAGAGAAACUGAGCCCCAGCAAGUGAUGGGGCCUAUACAGGCCCAGCUGAGACAACCCAGGUUUCCUGGUACUUCCCUGGCACCCAUUACAAGGUGCUCUACUGCCCAAGGCUGUGCAAGGUAGACUUGGUCCUAAAAGGUGGCCCAACCCAAUCCCAAGGACAGAACGGGGAGAGGGUCUUUUAGACAGCCAGUCCACCCAACUGGAGGUUGUGCACACACAGCCCCAGGAUAACAACCUUCACCAGGACCCUGGCACUGUUCCGUACACCUUGCAGAUUGUCUCUGUUAAAAAAAAAAAAAAGCUCUUUGAUAUCAGCUCUGCCUUUGACCCCAAACUGGCAUCUUUUUUUGCUGACCCAUCAAUCCCACAAAGAUGGGAAAUUGGACACCAAGAAGUUAUUCCAAAGUCCGGUGCCAGAAACCAGGGGGUCAUCCAAUGCGCUGCAUCCACCUUUCACCCUGCCCAUCGCCACUAACUAGCCAACCCUGACGGGCCCGUCUUCCAAACCUGAAAGCGGUCACCUCCUGUCCUCUAGUGGCGAGAGCGAGGAACUGCACCUCCCGGCCCGUGCAUGCCCCGCCCUUUGUUCCUUCUCAAACCGAGAGAACCUCCCAAUGCAUGGACUCUGGCUGUCGUUGACGCAGACUCGUGCACUGCUUAACACCGUUUUGCUACCAUGUGAUGGCUGCAGAAACUGUCCUUAAACUGCAGCUCCACAUACAAUUUUUGUACCCGAAAGUGUCAUUUUUAAGUCUUACUUGUUAAUAUUUAUAAUGACAUAAUCCAAAGUAAAUGCGUUCGUUGCGUUCAUACUGGCUUGGGAGGCUUAUUUUAACAAAUUUGAGUGGGUGGAUAGAAGAGAAUGGCCACUAGGGCCUAGCACAUUCUCUUAUUUACUCUUUACUAAGAAUCCAUUUGAGGCAGGUUCCCCAUUCUGGAUGGUAAGACUGAAGCUAAGAGGCGUUAUUUGUGCAGAAUCACAAAUACCUGUGACAAAUAGGAUUCAACUUACAGCGCUCCAAGAUAUUCUACACCAGGUUCAGCAUGCACCCCUGCUAUCCCCCACUCCUCCAAACUGUGGAGUAUUAAUACCAGGUAGACAGUAUUAAUACCUGGUAUUAAUACUAGGCCCCCUGGGGCGAAUUCCUCCAACAAGACAAACAGUAUGUUCAAAGAUAACAAGGAGUAAAAAGGGCAUAAGGGUAUCAGGUAAGUGGGAGACUGUGCUUACAUAGGAAGGCUGAGGGGGCUUCCAGAGUGGGUCUGGCACAGGUAAGGAAGAGAUCUGUGGGGAUAUCUGGGGAAGUGUUGCAGGUAAAGGAAACCGUGCUCCCAGAGGACCAUGGGGGCAGGCUUGGCACAACUGAGGAAUAGGAGUCAAUGCAGCCAUAGCAGGGUAGGACAAGGGAAGGGCAGUAGAUGAAGGAUUGGAAGAACAGAACAUGUGGGGGAUUACAGCUUUCACUCUGAGAUGGGAGCAGACUUCAGUUCUAACAGGCAGAGAACAAACAUGCAGCCCUGGGCAGACCAAGCCCAGUUUGGAGGCCCCUCUGGUGAUAGUGUGCCAAUGGGUUCAGGACUCAUGGCACAAAUGGUAUCCAGUAUCCAAAAUAGUGGCUGGACACUAACAAUGGUCUACUGUGGCAUGACUCUCUGGUUAAGGUCUGGCUUCCAGCCUUCCUUAACAAUUGCCUUUGUGCUGGCCUAAUUUUCCAAGUCUCCUGCCCCUACUAUCUAAACUACCGAUGCCCUUCCCGUACAUUCCUCUUCUGCUUACAUUCACGAAAGUCAGAUUUUAUUUCUUGACAAAGACCCCACCUGCCUGCUGUUUUGGUGCUAUCUGAUCAUCUAGGUUUUCAACUUGUGUCUGCUAUUUGUGAGAGCUAUUCUGAAAACCUUAGUCACCUUUCUUUUCUUCACGGCACUUUAUCAUCAAAAUCACCUUGUGUAUUUGCUUAUUCCUUUCUCCCCUCACUAACCUUCAGGAAGAGUAGAGGCCACAUCUUAUUUACCCCAGUAACCCGGGCCUAAACCUGAAUAGAGUAAACCUGUGCUUACACUGUGUUAAUGAAUGGAUGAAAUCUGCCAACAUGGGCAUUGUUUGAAAGGAACCAAAUCUGUGUGCCUGGAGCAUAUAAUGAUGCUGUGCACACUCAUCCAAACCCAGAUGACUGUGCACAAGACUCCUACAUGCCAGAAAACUGAUAGGGGACAGAUGAGAAAGGCCCCCAUACCCCCGACCCCAGGUACCAUAGGGUUAUCCUGCGUAAAGAAAGGAAGAAAUGGGCCUCCCUGGUGGCAACCUAUGGUGAAUCCUCUCAUCCCCCCCUACCUCUGGCCUGUACCCCAGUUCAUGUAUGCAUAAAUCAAUCUUUAAAAAAAGAAAGAACGGGGAGGGGUCAGGAGACAAACAGAAGGCAGGCUGAGAGAGGCUGAGAGAGACUGAGGAGAGGAAUGAGGCCAGGGAAGAGACUGAAAGGCAAUUAGGAUGUCAGGAAGGCCAGUCACACACUGCUGCACAGAGCCCCAGCUAAAGUGGUAGCCCAGGAUGACCAACCCAACACAUCCACCACAAAGCAAUGCACACAAGGGUAAAAAGAGAUAAUUUGGGCCUCUCUGGCGGUACAGGGGUUAAAGUCAGCACUAUCAAGUUAACACCAGCCACUGAGGCCUGAGUUUGAUCCCUGACCAGGGAGCUGACCAUAUGGCGCAACAGAACUCUCCUGUCUCACCCUCUGCUCCCCUCAGCAGUGUAUUUCAGUAGGACCACCUAUUCUGCUUCCCAUUCUGUCUCUGGUGAGUCUUCUCACCCCCUGCACCUCUGGCCUAGACCCCAGUUCUUGUUUGCAUAAAUUGAAAAAAAAAAAAAAAAAGACAGACUGCUUUAAGUGCUGUAUUCAUCUAAUUCUCAUUAAUUGGGAUACCGGUUUACGUACCCAUUUGACAGAUGGAAAAACGGAGGACUAUGUUCAAGGGUAAUUAAGGGGCAGCGAUGGGAUUUGAACCCUAGUAUUAAUAGCUACAGAACUCCUUCCUUUUCACUGCUAUGCCAUUAUAGUGGAAGCAGAUGGUAUUCCAGGCCUAAUGGAAGACUCCAGAUCCCUUGAAGGUUCAGUCCCAUUCACCCCCAAGAACCCAGAACUAGCAGGAUACCACUCUACCAGGAAAGAUUUUCCAGGGCUCUCCUUUAGGGCCCCUGCUCUCAUGUCUUCAACGAAUAUAGUGCUCAUCUUUCCCCAACAGGCUUCCACCUGAAACACCACCAAUACCCUGUGUCCCCUGGCCACAGACAACUUACCUGGAGAUGUGGAACUGGGGCAAACUUUUAUGGCUUCCCAGAACUAACUGAAACAAUAAACUACAUUAUGGGAAAGACAAAAACAAAUGAGAUG